AACUUAUUCAUAUGAUAGCAGUGAGAGUGAAGGCAGUGAAAGUGACGGAGAGAGUGACACAGAAGAGGAGAUGCUAAGUCAGCUCACUGCGGUCACAAAAGCCAAUUCUACAAUUCAGGAAGAAAAUGUCGCCCUCACCAGACGCAUUCAAGAGGAGCGCGAGGCGGUAGUGCGGCUCAGGGUCCAGCUGCAGCAGGCACACAAGUCUAUUCCUCACCAUCCCCCAGUUCCCCCUGUCUGCUAACUUGGAACACAUCCUUGCUAAGAAAAACGUAAAACCCACCAAAAGAUACACUGAGAUUCUGACAAGCUCAUUGGUAGAGCUUUCCCAUAUAUGACUGCAUGAGUGUAAAUGUUUGUGUGUCUGUAUAUGAACACACACAAGCACAUGCAUACGCACACGCAUACAUGCAAGCUCACACACAUGCAUACGCACAAGCGCACGCAUAUGCACAUGCACACACACAA